AUGUUUGCUACUUCUCUUCGUUCAUUCUGUCACAAUGGCCCUAGAGCGGCCCGCAACUUUAGCUCCACGGCUGCUACAAAGGCAGCCGAGGUCAAGUCGUUGGGUGUAAUCGGUGCCGGUCAGAUGGGCCUAGGAAUUGCUCUUGUGGCUGCACAGAAGGCCCAGGUCCCUGUAACUCUGGUUGAUAGCUCUCAAGCCUCCUUGGAUAAGGGUCUCAAGUUUGCUGACAAGCUUCUUGAGAAAGAUGUCUCAAAGCAGCGUAUUACCCGAGAAGCCGCCGAUGCGGCCCGUGGGCUUCUUACCACGAGUUUGAAGCUCGACGAUCUAUCCUCGGUUGAUUUUGUUAUUGAGGCUGUCCCCGAAAAUCCAGACCUGAAACAGUCCAUUUUCUCUCAACUCGCCCAGAUUGCUCCCAAGCAUGCUAUUCUGGCAACUAACACUUCCUCAAUCUCUAUCACCAAGAUCGCGGCUGCCACAACCACCGAUCCGACAGACCUGCAGGCCCCAUCGCGGGUCAUUUCUACCCACUUUAUGAACCCAGUCCCCAUUCAGAAAGGAGUUGAGAUUAUCCGAGGCUUGCAGACCUCUCAGGAAACCAUGGAAACUGCCAUCGCAUUUGUGGAGCGCAUGGGCAAGGUAGCGUCGGUUUCUGCGGAUUCUCCUGGCUUCCUGGCCAAUCGUAUCCUCAUGCCUUACAUCAAUGAGGCUAUUAUCUGUUUGGAGACAGGUGUUGGUGGUCGUAAUGAUAUUGACAAUAUCAUGAAGACGGGUACCAAUGUUCCCAUGGGCCCACUGACACUGGCUGAUUUCAUUGGUCUGGACACCUGUCUAGCGAUUAUGAACGUCCUUCAUCAAGAGUCUGGAGAUAGCAAGUACAGGCCUGCUGGCCUUCUGCGUCGGAUGGUAGAUGCUGGUUGGUUGGGAAAGAAAUCUGGGAAGGGCUUCUACGAUUAUUGA